GAGAGAAGUUUUUGAAGUUACUGACGAAGUAGGCUAACUACGCACGUUCGUGUAUACAUGUAAUAUCAUGAGCAAUCUUAACAUUUAUUUCUAUGUUCCAAACAUUAUUGGAUACGUGAGGCUGCUGCUUCUGCUGUUGGCGUGGUUUUGCCUGAGGUAUCCACCAUGGUUCAUCACCUUCUACCUGUCGUCCUUCUUCCUGGAUUUUGUUGACGGAGCUGUUGCUAGGCGACUGCAUCAGACGUCAGCUUUUGGAGCCUGGCUUGAUGUAGCCAUUGAUAAUCUUGGACGUGGAAUGCUUUGGUGCUGGCUUUUCAGGUGGGGAUAUUUUGUAUCUGCGUUGGAGUGGUGCACAUUUGUGUGCACGCACACUGCUGGCUGGCAAUGGAAGUCAAACUAUGGUCAGGCACCGUGGCUCAUCAAAAAUGUCAUGGCUGACAAUUUCAGAUCCCCAAUUGGUAUGUAUGCCAUACUGAGUCUGAAUCUGCUGCCGUUGUGGUUCUACUUUUGCCAUUAUGGCUUCUACGGCUCAAGCAUCUUCUUGCCCAUGACUGUGCAGUACAUCGGCGUUGCCAUAUUCAGCGCGGGGCGGGCUGUGUGCUCAGUUGUAGAGGGGUACUGUAUCUGGGCCCACAUCCAGCAGAUGGUUAGCAGCGAAGUCAGCCAGAAGAGCACCGGUUUGGGGGAGGUCCAAACGACGGAAAGCUGACAGUGAUAAACUCUAAGAAUGGGUCACACUAAUUACCGCACACUGUCAUCAGCUGCCUUUAGCUGACAUCCACUGACCAUACCUGAAUGCCGACAACAGCAGAUGGCAUAUCUGCUGUUGUCAGCUGCCUUCACCUUUGCUGUCAGCAGCUGAUGGCCAUUGAUGUCAACUGCCAUCAGCUGCCAUCAGCUGCCAUCCAUUGACUUCAGCUACUGGCAGCUAAUUUUAGCUCACAAUAGCAGAUAGCAGCUGAUGGCAGCCGACAACAGCUUCCGUACGCUGACAGCAGCUGACGGCAACUGAUGUCUGCUGCCAUCUACUGAGGUCAGCUGCCGUCAGCUGCUGCUCUCAGUAACUGUCAGCUGCUGUCAGUUAGCAGCAUCUGACAGCAGCUGAGGGCAACAGCAGCUGCCGUCAGCUGACGGCUGCUGAUUUCAGCUGCUGUAAGCAGCCAUCAGUCUGUCAGCUGACAGCUGCGGUCAACUUGCCAUCAACUCCUUCAAACAGCACCGUUUUAUACAAGCUAAAAAGAGAAUUUUGAUUGGUUUGACAUCGAUGUUUAUUAAAAGGAAUUUUAUUCAUGGGAGAAUCAAUUUCUUAGUAUUUAUGGCAUACCAUUUUGAAGCAAGGGUGUGAAGGGUAGGAAAUGAUUAUGACACAGUGUGUAUGCCCUCAGCUUGUUUGCUAUCUCCUCAAGUAAAGUCGGCACUGACUAUUAAAGAGGCAAGAUGGCUUUCAUCAUUAGGCAUGGACAUAAUAGAGAGGCCCAUUCGUUACAUAAAACGUUAACAGUUUUGAGACUUAUAACCUUACACUUUCAAGCCGGAAUCUCAUUCUAGCUCAUGUUACUAUGGUGCACCUCUUUUUCUUGUGAUGUUUAGUGCUUUUUGAAGGAGUAGAGGGCAGUUGACGGUAAUUAGUGUGACGAUGAGGGUUGUAUGAGGAUAAUAAUGCUUUUCAAAUGGAACAAUAUUUUCACAAUUUGUGUAAUUUUCCUCAAUGAAAAGUGCAUUAUGAGCUGCUUUUUCUGUCAUGUGGAGUACACCAUAAACUCAGUACUAAAUAUAUGUACAGCCAUCACAUUAUGUAUCAACUUGCCAAUCGUUUUUGAAAUAAAAAUUUCCAGUUAAAAUGUAUACAUUUUUUGGAGUACAGCUAUUAUUAAUGACAAAAAUGUAGCAGUAUUUCAGUCAAAUAGGCCAGUAGAGAUUUUAAUUCAAAAGAAUUGAGAGUAAAAGUUAUAUUAUUUCCAGAAAUAUCCCACUUUUGAAUAUUCAUGAUUUUGAUUGUUUUAUAUAUCACUGUGAAGUGUAUGAAUAAAAUAAGUGAAAUUUUCCAACUGCCAUAAAACUGUUUUUUAUUAUGCGUUUUUUAUUAUGAGAUUUCUUACAACAGUAAUAUUUUUUACUGUUUAAAUAUCCAAAUGUCUCUAUUGACAGUCUACCAUUGUGCUUUUGUAAAACAAUUUCAUAAUCCAUGUCAUAAACUGAAUGUAGGAUGAAUUUGACAAACUUAGGUUUCUCUGUAAACAAUGGUGCUUGUCAUAAAAUUAUGCCAGCAUCCAAGAUAGAAUACAUUAACCUUAUAAUAAUGUGUAAUUGUGA